AUGUAUAUUUAUACCCAUGAACGCUAUGAUGACGUCAAUAAAGUGACGUAUUGCUGUACGAUGGAUAAAGAAAGCACGUUUUCACUUUCGCCAUUUUAAAAUGGUUGACAGAGAAAGAUUACACCAAUCUCUAAUUGAAGGGUAUGGACGAGCUAACGUAGAGUUGUCCAAAAAGACGGUUCAACUUGAAGUUGCUAAAGUUUGGAAGGAAAUGAAGAAGGAACCAGAGGAUCUCACACGGCACGUCUCUAGAAAGCUUCAAGAAUGGAAACAACUUGAAAUGAAACGCAGAGGACGUUUGUUUUCUUUUUGGUCAAAGGUUCCAAAAACAGACCUAGAAAAAUCGGGUGUGAAUGAUGAAUCUGAGAUGAAUGGAAACACUGCGAUCGUUGGAGAGGAAGAAAAGGACACCCAUCAGUCAGUAAAAGAAAGCCAAACCACUGUUCAUACAGCUCCGAAGCAAGAAAAACUUGAAGCUGCUAUAUCUAAAAUAAAUGAGGAUCUUAACAAUUUGUACAAGAAAAAACAUCAAGGAUUGCUCUCAAAGACAGAAUGUGAAGAACUGAAGAAAAAAACAGACAGAACUGGAUAGAGUAAAAUUGGAUAUGAAAAAAUGUAUAAAAAACAAAGAAAGGCAACAGCGCUAUCGAGAUAAUUUCAAACGAAAGCUGGAGGACUUAGAUGAUGAAACUCGCAAACAUCUAAGAGGAACAACCAUUGGUCGGCCACCAAUUGUUGAAGAUGAGAAUCUUUUGCAUAAGGUGAUUGUAGAUAUUGCCAUAGGCGGUUCAGCGGCAGAUGACAGACGGCGUUCUGAAGUUAUCAGGACGGUCAGAACAUUGGAUGAUUUGACUGCCUCCUUGAAGAAACAAGGGAUCCAUUUAUCUAGAAGUGCAGUAUACCUUCGGCUUCUUCCUCGAAAUGCUACAACUCUAGAGGGUAAGAGACACUGUAAAACUGUGCCUGUCAAACUGAUUAGAGCACAGAACGAUGAACAUUCUCGCCACCAGGACAGGUAUUUUGCUCGAGCAUCCAUUUCCAAUUUGGAAGAGUUGGCAUCACUUCUAGG